ACUAGAAGAAGUUGUUUUCAAAUUCCCUGACACACUUCAGCCACUCCUUCAUAAUUCAGUUUCUUAUAUAAUCUCUUGCCUAGCAUUUUCACACACUUGUCUCAAUAAAAAAGCUCAGCAGAAAAUCAGCUAUGGCGAUUGAGGCAUGGUUUAUGGAAGAAAAUGAUGAAGAUCAGAGGCUUCCCCACCAUCGCAACCCUAAAGAGUUCGUUUCUCCUGACCAUCUAGCAGAUAUUGGCGUUCUUUAUUGGCAUUUGAACCCGAAAAAUUAUGAAAACGAUGAAGAAUUGCAGAAAAUUAGACAGGAAAGGGGCUAUAACUACAUGGAUUUACUGGAUUUGAGCCCUGAGAAAGUGGAAAAUUACGAGCAGAAGCUGCGUAAUUUCUACACAGAGCAUAUUCAUGAGGAUGAAGAGAUACGUUACUGUUUGGAAGGGAGUGGUUACUUUGAUGUUCGUGACAAGGAUGACCAUUGGAUUCGAAUUUGGAUAAAGCCUGGUGAUCUCAUUAUCCUUCCUGCUGGCAUUUACCACCGCUUUACUCUAGACACCACUGACUAUAUCAAGCUGAUGAGGCUGUUUCUGGGAGAACCUGUAUGGACUGCAUAUAAUCGGCCACAAGAUAACCAUCCUUCGCGAAGGGAGUACAUUAAAAAUUUCGCGGAGAAGGUCGGAGUUGGAACACCUCUUACAGCUCACUGAAGCAAACCAUAAAAAAGUAGCCCAUCAGUAUCUGGUAUUCUGUUACUAUCAUAUUCUAGCAAUUCUACACAAACAGGUGCUCACUAGCACGUACUUAAUGUAAUUUUGUACUCAGGCCCGGCCCAGAGGGAGGGCAACUAGGGCGACCGCCCAGGACCCAAAAUUUUUAUAAUUUAUGUAUUGUUAUUAGUAUAUAUAAGCCUAUUCUAUUCUAA